UUCUCCUUUCCAAAACUAUUUGAGUGCACCUGAUACAGCGUGUCCAUCGACAUUAUCAAGUAUUGUCGUAAUAUGAAACCUACGUCCAAAGUUAUUUUCUCCAGCACAGAGUACCGUUAAUUUAAACGAUUCCAUUUGGGUCAACGAUACGACUUUCUAAGAGGCUAGCAAAUUCAGGAAGACAGGUAGUAUUGGUGAGAAGGUAGAGACGUUCACAGUGUACAAUGGAGCUGAAUUUAGUGCAAACUAUAUUCAUAUUUAAUUCAAUAACGCUAACUAUAUUGGGACUGUUAGUCUCAUUCGCAGAACCUUACCUUCCAAUAGCAAUUACGAACACUUAUCGGUAUGGAAGGUAUGCUGCAGAAGGAAAGUCAGCACUGAUUGCACCGAUACAAGUUCCAAAAAGAUGGUUCAAACAUUUUUAUGAAUUUGCUGCUCCCCUAUCAACCUGUACCUUGUUAAUUACAUUAAGAUUUUAUCUGGGAGUUGGCAAUGUACCAGUGAACAUACUUCAAAUCCUCGACAUUCUAUUCGGAGUAAAUAGGAAAUCACUCGUAUCCCCGGAGCACACUACACUGGCUCUAGUGCUGGUGACAAUUCACUGUUGGAAACGUUUCUAUGAAACACAUUACGUCAAUAUUUUCAGUAAUGUAAAAAUAAAUCUAGCACAUUAUAUUGUGGGGUUUCUUCAUUACGUGGGAACUAUAUCGUGUCUGAUAGGAGAGUCAGAUGGAUUUGUUGAAGGAUCCAGACCUAUUGUAAAUUGGAAUGGGUUGACAUACAUAGAUUAUAGUUGCUCUAUUAUAUUCUUGUGGGCGACUUAUAAACAGCUUGUCUGUAACAAAAUUCUAGCGAAUUUACGCAAAAAUAAAAAAGGCGAAAUGGUCACUUUGCAACACAAAAUUCCGAAUGGUGAUCUUUUCGAAUACAUCUCUUCUCCGCUCCAAUUGUCAGAAAUUCUCGUGUACUUGAUGCUGACAAUUAUACUAAGAAAUAGCCGAACAUUCUAUUAUGUAUUCUUCUGGGUGCUUUCAAACCAGGUAGCAACUGGUCUGCUUGGUCAUUGGUGGUAUGUCGAGUCAUUUAAAGAAUAUCCAAAACAGAGAAGAGCUGUGAUACCUUGGAUAUUGUAACUGUUGCAGCGUUGAUUGUUGAUUAAUACUACGGUUUUUAUUUAAUAAUCAAAUGUAUUUUUGAUAUUAAAAUUUUUUAAUAUUAUUAAAAGUACCUGAUGGUUUAUGUGGUGCGAUGUUAUUUUGAGCUGUAAUAUACGUGUAUAAUGUAAAUAUAGCAGCAGAGCACUCAAUCCGUACAAAAGAAAAAGUCUUAAAAUAUCUUAACUACGUUUAACUAUCUGAAAACAGUGAAUAAUCCAACUAUGUUAUUGUUAUCACUGUUAAAAAAAAAAAAUGGAAACACUUUCCAUUAAUUCACCCUAUGCAAAGAUUUAGAAUCUUUACUCCUGCCACACAAAUGGUAAUUAUGUGGACAAAUUAGAACAGGAAUGCUGUUUCGGACAUAGUGAAUAUAAUAUGUUAGUGUAAAUUGACAUUCAACUUAGAUCUUUCCAUCUCUACAAUAAAUAUCAAACUGUCACAUUUGCAGAGAAUUGUAUUGUAAAUAAAUUAUGCCAUUGAAGAUAAUAAAUCGUCGCUAGAUGUUGGUCUCGAAGGAGUUAUGUAUUUCUUCUGUGUCACGUCUGAGUUUCCUAUUUGAAGAGAAGACUGUAAAAUGCAAGAAACAAAUGUUAUUAUUUUGUAAUGAAACUCCAAAUUGUUCAAAAUUGUAUUA